AUCCUCAACUGACGGGAUGAGGUCAAUGUCCUUCCAGGAUACCCGGGCCAGGUCGAUUAGAAAGGCCUGCUCACAGAAGUGUAUGAAUGUAAAUCAUAAAGACAUCUACAGUGUUCAGUAUCACAUGGACAGGGGUCAUUGUACCGUAAGCCUCUCUCUCUCUCUCUCUCUCUUUAUAGUAGGAGCUGGCUAGAAGGUAAACUGCUGGUCUCUAUUGAGAUGCGUUGUAUAGGAAAGCAGGCAGCAAUGGUAGGGAUCAGUGAGCUGAUCGAAAGCAGGCGGAGACACACACACACACACACACACACACACACACACACACAGAAAGGAGGUUCCUCAGCAGCAUGACAGUUUAUUCCUGCCCUUCUGUGAGGACGACCUGAGGCUGUUUCCUGACAGGAAUUAACCAAGACUAGAAAUGUAGUGUUCAGUAAAUAAUGUACACAGAUAUAUCCUCUGUGUGGAAGGGUGAUGUGUUAGGCCUGGAGGACAACACAGUGAUAGACCUGCACAACACACUGGAGGACAACACACUGGAGGACAGCACACUGGAGGACAACACACUGGAGGACAGCACAGUGAUAUACCUGCACAAUACACUGGAGGACAACACACUGGAGGACAACACACUGGAGGACAACACACUGGAGGACAGCACAGUGGAGGACAACACACUGGAGGACAACACACUGGAGGACAACACACUGGAGGACAGCACAGUGGAGGACAGCACAGUGAUAUACCUGCACAAUACACUGGAGGACAACACACUGGAGGACAACACACUGGAGGACAACACACUGGAGGACAACACACGGGAGGACAGCACAGUGGAGGACAACACACUGGAGGACAGCACACUGGAGGACAACACACUGGAGGACAACACAGUGAUAGACCUGCACAAUACACUGGAGGACAACACACUGGAGGACAACACAGUGAUAGACCUGCACAAUACACUGGAGGACAACACACUGGAGGACAACACAGUGAUAGACCUGCACAAUACACUGGAGGACAACACACUGGAGGACAACACACUGGAGGACAACACACUGGAGGACAACACAGUGGAGGACAACACACUGGAGGACAACACAGUGGAGGACAGCACAGUGAUAGACCUGCACAACACACUGGAGGACAACACAGUGGAGGACAACACACUGGAGGACAACACACUGGAGGGAAACACACUGGAGGGCAACACAGUGGAGGACAGCACAGUGGAGGACAGCACAGUGGAGGACAGCACACUGGAGGACAACACAGUGGAGGACAGCACAGUGGAGGACAAGACAGUGGAGGACAGCACAGUGGAGGACAACACAGUGGAGGACAACACAGUGGAGGACAACACAGUGGAGGACAGCACAGUGGAGGACAACACACUGGAGGACAACACAUUGAUAGACCUGCACAACACACUGGAGGGCAACACAGUGAUAUACCACCACAAUACACUGGAGGACAGCACAGUGGAGGACAGCACACUGGAGGACAGCACAGUGGAGGACAGCACAGUGAUAGACCUGCACAACACACUGGAGGACAGCACAGUGGAGGACAGCACAGUGAUAGACCUGCACAACACACUGGAGGACAACACACUGGAGGACAACACACUGGAGGACAGCACAGUGGAGGACAACACACUGGAGGACAACACACUGGAGGACAACACACUGGAGGACAACACACUGGAGGGCAACACAGUGAUAUACCUGCACAACACACUGGAGGACAGCACAGUGGAGGACAGCACAGUGAUAGACCUGCACAACACACUGGAGGACAACACACUGGAGGACAACACACUGGAGGACAACACACUGGAGGACAACACAGUGAUAGACCUGCACAAUACACUGGAGGACAACACACUGGAGAACAACACACUGGAGGGCAACACACUGGAGGACAACACAGUGGAGGACAGCACACUGGAGGACAACACACUGGAGGACAACACACUGGAGGACAACACACUGGAGGACAACACACUGGAAGACAACACACUGGAGGACAACACACUGGAGGACAACACACUGGAGGACAGCACACUGGAGGACAACACACUGGAGGACAACACACUGGAGGACAGCACACUGGAGGACAACACACUGGAGGACAACACACUGGAGGACAGCACACUGGAGGACAACACACUGGAGGACAGCACACUGGAGGACAACACAGUGGAGGACAACACACUGGAGGACAACACACUGGAGGACAACACACUGGAGGACAACACACUGGAGGACAGCACACUGGAGGACAACACAGUGGAGGACAGCACACUGGCGGACAACACACUGGAGGACAACACACUGGAGGACAACACAGUGGUAGACCUGCACAAUACACUGGAGGACAACACACUGGAGGACAACACACUGGAGGACAACACACUGGAGGACAACACAGUGAUAGACCUCCACAACACAGUGGUAGACCUGCACAAUACACUGGAGGACAACACACUGGAGGACAACACACUGGAGGACAACACACUGGAGGACAACACAGUAGUAGACCUCCACAACACAGUGAUAGACCUCCACAACACAGUAGUAGACCUCCACAACACAGUGAUAGACCUCCACAACACAGUAGUAGACCUCCACAACACAGUGGUAGACCUCCACAACACAGUAGUAGACCUCCACAACACAGUGAUAGACCUCCACAACACAGUG